GAACAGGAAAUACAGUGGUGAUAAUGGUUGGCUAUCCAAAAGGAAUAGAGAUAUUGGAGCCAGUACGAAGAGGGAUUCCAGUAAAAAUGACUAUUGUUGUUGGCACGCGACAUGUUCAGGAAUAUAUUAGUGGUCAGUCGGUUGUGUUUGUAGCCAUCGCCUUCAUCACCAUGAUGAUUAUAUCACUUGCUUGGCUUAUAUUUUACUAUAUACAACGUUUCCUGUACACAGGAUCACAGUUUGGAAACCAGGGACAUAGAAAAGAAACCAAGAAAGCAAUCAGCCAGCUUCAGCUGCAUACUGUAAAACGUGGAGAAAAGGGUUUAGAUGUCGAUGUGGAAAACUGUGCUGUGUGCAUUGAGAACUAUAAACUGAGAGACACUGUCCGAAUUCUGCCGUGCAAGCACAUCUUCCAUAGAACGUGCAUUGACCCUUGGCUUUUGGACCACCGAACUUGUCCAAUGUGUAAACUAGACGUUAUCAAAGCUUUGGGAUACUGGGGGGACCCUGAAGAUGUACUUGAAGUUCCAAUACCUGAAUCAAUAAGUGGCAGUGUUUCAGUUGGAAGUCUGAGUAUUGCUUUACAAGAUGAUGACAGAAAUGAAGUAAGCGAAUUAUCAGCUUCCUCCACUAAUGAAUCUGUAUUGCAGUGUACCAGUUUAAAAGAGGACGCAGGUGAAACCACAGCAUUACUUGAUGUGGAUGUCAGUAAUAACCGACACGGAGAACAUCUAUCUAAUGGAAAUUCCCACUGAACUGCUUCAUGGAAGAUAUCUUGAAUAGACUGUUGAAGAACUAUUAUUUUUUAUUUAAUUAGUAUGGACUUUUGUCUAGUUAAUGGAAAAAAUAACAAUGUAAAUUAUUUUACCUUUCAAACUUUUCUAGCUGGUGUUCCAAAAGGGCUAAUAACUAAGAAUUUUGUACACAGGAGGACUUUAUAAAAUCUCCUCUGGAUGUCUCAUCCUAAAAAAAGAUGCAAUAACCCUUUUUCUGUAAGCAUUGUUACAAUGUCAUUGUGUUCCAGAGGGCUGUAACAAAGAUGAAGACUAGGCAGUGAAAACAAUGCAGAAUGUCUAAAGGAUAACUAUUUUGGAUGCACUAUAUACAUUCAGUAUGUACACAUGGAGAACACUUACAAGACUACAGCUAUUAAAAUGCUCUGAAAGUUCUGAUCUGUUGUAAUUGGAGAUGGAUAUUCUUAGAAAAGACAUAACCUAACCUUGGAAGGAAUCAAAUAACUUCAUGGGUAUGUUGCAUAUCC